AUGGAGCCGCCGGCCCCGGUUGACGUGACAGUCGAGGCUCAAAAGUUGCGCGACCAUGAUAAAUACCGAAAGAAAUUGAAGAACAACAAGGUCCUUAAGCGUGAGGACCAUGUCCGGCAACGCAUGAGUGAGAAGCGUGCCAUGGAGGCCGUUGCUCGUAAGCAGCAACAGGCUGCCAAGCAUGUAGGUGUUGUUAUUGCUGAACAAGCUGUCGCUCACUUGGCACGAGGCCAGCCGUUUACACCACACUCACGGCCCUCGCAAUCACCUGGGUGGUUUGUGCUUCGUUGGAAUGUGGCCUCUGUGCUCCAUCCAAUAUUCAACUGCCAGGACGCUAUUCGAGCCAAAUAUGGACUGUCUGCCCCUGACUCUGGCCCAUCGUCCACGCUGGGUGCACCAGGCACCGAUCUGAUCAUGUGUGGUUACCUCGAAAAGCGGGGCAAGCUGAACAAGGCUUUUAAGCGACGGUGGUUUCGGAUCGUGGGCCUCGAACUUGAGUAUUACGAGGACGUGGACGGUGUGAAAAAAGGAAGCGUGGGCAUUGCAUAUCCCUGCGUCUGCCAUAUCGAGGACUGCAAGGGUCGGCCUGAAUUGCGAGUGCGCUGCAGUCGCGACUCCCGCGUGUAUGCCCUGAGGUCCGAGUCGGACAGCCUUCACGAGCUUAAUCAGUGGAAAACUGCGAUCGACAACCAGCAGAAGCGUGUCCCUGGCCCGCGGUAA